CCCACGGUGCAUAAUGUAUCCUUCCGCCGCCCGGACACCGCUUCUUCCCGUCUCACAAUACAUUUCCCUGUGAGCUGAAAUGGAAAUUAUAGGACCUGUGUGCCUGCAAAGACAUAUGCAAGUUACAUCAUCCAGAUAUUUUUUCUAGCAUGCAGAAAGUGUGAGUAACAUCCAUUCCAUUAACCGCUAUGGAUGCUGGUACACUCCAACAGCAUGAGUCGCCUCUUACAGUCAACGAACAGGUGAUUGUCAUGUCUGGGCAUGAGACUAUUCGGGUGCUUGAAGUAGGCGUGGAUGCUCCAGCACAAUCUGAGGAGAAUGGAAAGCCUUUGGACCCUCCAGUUCCUGAACCUACAUCUACUAAUGAUCCACCAAGGGAGACAGUUUUAUGUCAUACAGAUAAUACAAGCGCUGAGGCUACAGUGAAGUCUUCAGCCGGACUAGUUUCACCUUCUUUCCCAGCUUUCUUCACUGCUGCCUCAAGCCAACCACAGCCUACUUUUGCAUCUUUUGCUUUACAGGCUGCACCACAGGUCUUGACUCAGGAAAAUCUAGCUACACUUUUCACAGGAGUCAUGGCUCAAACAGGAGCAGUUACUCAACCCGUUCUUAUCCCCAUCAGUAUGCCUGGACAAGUAGCCGGCCAACAGGGUCUGGCUGUAUGGAAUUUUCCCACAGCUACACUAGCUACUCUUCCUGGUUUAGCAGCUGCUCCCCCUGCUGGAGGAGUCUUCAAAUUGCCUUUUACUAACCUACAAGCAGCUUCAGUUUUGAACACUGCCCUACAGACUCCUGUGCAGGCAGCUCAAGCCAUUCAGGCAGUUUACCAGGCACAGCCAGCAGUUCAGGCUCAAGCCGCCCUUCAAGCAGCUGUCCAGCCACAGGCCGCAUUGCAGGCCACACCGGCUCUACAGACGCCAACAGCCCUGUUGUCAAAUACAGUAUCAAAGGCAGAACCACAGACACAGUUCACUGUCCAGCCAGCAAGCUUUACCUUCAACCCAGCCAUUAUUAGCGCUGCCACUUUAGGAGGUCAACCGCAGUUGCUGAGCUCACUUGCUGCAUCACCUUUUAUUGCCAAUGCUAUUCCUGGAGUACAGGGCAUCACAAGUCAGAUAAUAACCAAUGCACAGGGUCAGGUGAUUGGCACUCUGCCAUGGCUGCUGAACACUCCAGGGAUCACAGCAGGGGCUGCUACAGCUGCAGUCUCGGCUCCAAACAUGGUUCAAGCAGUGACACCUCAGCUUUUGCUGAAUGCCCAAGGACAAAUUAUUGGCACUCUGGCUAGCAGUGCCAUCCAGCCAGCAGCUAUAAGAAAGCAAGCUUCACAGGACAAUCCAGCUAAGACAGAUCAGCAGCUGCAGCCAGCACAGCAAAUCCAGCCUGCUCCAUCUAUAACACAGCCUUCAGUGGUUGUAGCGAAUCCAACUCCAGCCAAUACAUCAGCAACUCCCCAAGUCCAUGUCAGCUCUUCUGAGCCCCCAACAGUGGGCCAGCUGGUGUCAAAGCCACACCCUGGAGGUUAUGAUGAAGAUGGUAUAAAUCUAGAAGAGAUACGUGAAUUUGCCAAGGACUUUAAAAUUCGUCGUCUUUCUCUUGGUCUGACUCAGACACAGGUGGGCCAAGCAUUAACUGCCACAGAAGGACCUGCGUAUAGCCAGUCUGCCAUCUGUAGGUUUGAGAAGUUAGACAUAACACCAAAAAGUGCCCAGAAGUUGAAACCAGUUUUGGAGAAAUGGCUGAACGAGGCAGAAAUGAGGAACCAAGAGGGACAACAAAAUUUGAUGGAGUUUGUAGGUGGGGAGCCAUCCAAAAAGCGCAAGAGGCGUACCUCUUUCACCCCACAGGCUGUGGAAGCACUAAAUACUUACUUUGAGAAGAACGCCUUGCCCACUGGACAAGAAAUAACCGAUAUCGCUAAGGAACUCAACUAUGACCGUGAGGUGGUAAGGGUAUGGUUUUGCAACAGACGUCAGACUCUGAAAAACACCAGCAAGCUUAAUGUCUUUCAGAUCCCUUAGAGAAUAAAAUGCAUUCUCUUUACCACCAUUAGGCACCAAGCACUUCAUCUUCUCCCUAUUUUCCAGUGCCCUGAGACGUUCACUUGAAAAAGCACUUUGUGGCUGAAUUUUUGCUUUAUGCAUACUGUGGCCAACUGUUCCUUGUACAUGAUCCCUUUCUUCAUAGUUUUUAUAUGAGAGAAGCUUGGUGGGGCAAAAGGUCAAAAGCCAUCUUUGCCGGAUGACUGGCAAUUUUGUUCCACAUAUUUUGCAUACAUUGAUUAUCUAUAAAGCCAGAUGGAUUUCCCUCUGUGGUGGGAAAGACUUUGUAGACAUUGUGGCUCAAAAGACAUUUUAACUGUAAAAAAAAA